AUGGGCGUCCCAGAGAUUGAAAAGACUACGGUCGCCGACUCGCCUCGGAGCAAGUCGCCCAGCUCCAUCAACGCACGCGAGGUGCAGCCCACCGUCGUCGAACUCGUCCAGGAAGAACCGAAACUGACUUGGCGGUCUUACCUCUGGGAUACCCUGGAUAAGUCACCGGAAGAACGCAAGUUCAUGUUCAAGCUGGAUGCCGUGAUUCUCACGUUUGCCAGUCUGGGAUACUUUAUCAAGAACCUUGAUCAGAUCAACAUCAACAAUGCCUUUGUGUCUGGCAUGAAGGAGGACAUGAAGCUCUUUGGCAAUGAGCUCAAUUACAUGCAAACUUGCUGGACUGUCGGCUACGUCAUUGGCGAAAUCCCCAGCAACAUCCUCCUCACCCGUGUCCGCCCGUCCAUCUGGAUCCCCGCCUGCGAAUGCACCUGGGCCAUCCUCACAAUCCUCAUGAUCAAGUGCACAAACGCCACCCAGCUCUACGUCCUCCGCUUCUUCAUCGGCCUCGCUGAGAGCACCUUUUACCCGGGCAUGCAAUACAUCAUCGGCUGCUGGUACAGAAAAGACGAACUCGCCAAGCGAUCCUGCCUCUUCCACUCCGCGGGCUCCAUCGGCUCCAUGUUCUCGGGGUACCUCAUGGCCGCCGUCUACAACCUGAGUGGUGUCCAGGGGUGGAAGGGCUGGCAGUGGCUCUUCAUCGUCGACACCAUCAUCUCUUUACCGAUUGCCAUUGCCGGCUUCUUCUUCCUGCCCGAUGUCCCGGAAAUCACAAAGGCCUGGUGGCUGACAAAAGACGAUGUUGCCCUCGCGCAGAAACGGAUGCAGCUGGAAGGGCGCGCGAACCGGCAGCCGUUUACCAAGGCCAAGAUUAAGAAGAUCUUCACGAGCUGGCACAUUUAUGCCCUGACUGCGCUCUACAUCUUCUUCAAUAACGGAAGCGGCAUCAUGAGUCAACCUGCCUUCCAGCUGUGGUUGAAGGGGGAGGGCUACUCGGUCAAGGAGUACAACACGUACCCGACGAUUACCUCGGCCAUCACCGUGAUCACGACAUGGAUCUACGCCUGGUCCUCGGACUCUGUCUUCAAGGGGGAGCGGUGGCCGCCGAUUGUCUUUUCCGGACUCCUCAACAUUGUCGUCUACGCCAGUUUGGCGGCGUGGAAUAUUUCCGACGGGUGGAAAUGGGGUUGUUUCCUGCUGGUCGGUUUCGGCGGCGGCAUCAGCGGCUUGACGUUCGCCUGGGCCCACGAGAUUUGCAAAGACGACAACGAGGAGCGGGCGCUCGUGACGGGCUCGAUGAAUCAGAUGGCGUACGUUUUCCAGGCGUGGUUGCCGCUGCUCAUUUGGCAACAGGUCGAGGCGCCUCGGUAUCCAAAGGGAUAUAUUACCAUGGUGUUCUUUGCCGUCGGUAUGGCGGGGAGUUCGUUGUUGAUCAAGUUUUUGCAUCGGCGGGAGCUGGGGAAGAAGGUCGCGGUACCGGCUGCUUGA